AUGGCGUACGACGGCGACACAUCGAUGGCUGACUCCGUCGUUCCGCGUUGGAAGAAGUUAGCAGAACUUCUUCCAGAAGUCGAAAAGACUUCUCUAGAAGUCGACAAGACUUCUUCUAGAAGUCGACAAGACUUCUUCCAGAAGUCGACAAGACUUCUUCCAGAAGUCGACAAGACUUCUUCCAGAAGUCGACAAGACUUCUUCCAGAAGUCGACAAGACUUCUUCCAGAAGUCGACAAGACUUCUUCCAGAAGUCGACAAGACUUCUUCCAGAAGUCGACAAGACUUCUUCCAGAAGUCGAAGAGACUUCUUCCAGAAGUCGACAAGACUUCUUCCAGAAGUCGACAGGACUUCUUCCAGAAGUCGACAAGACUUCUUCCAGAAGUCGACAAGACUUCUUCCAGAAGUCGACAAGACUUCUUCCAGAAGUCGACAAGACUUCUUCCAGAAGUCGACAAGACUUCUUCCAGAAGUCGACAAGACUUCUUCCAGAAGUCGACAAGACUUCUUCCAGAAGUCGACAAGACUUCUUCCAGAAGUCGACAAGACUUCUUCCAGAAGUCGACAAGACUUCUUCCAGAAGUCGACAAGACUUCUUCCAGAAGUCGACAAGACUUCUUCCAGAAGUCGACAAGACUUCUUCCAGAAGUCGACAAGACUUCUUCCAGAAGUCGACAAGACUUCUUCCAGAAGUCGACAAGACUUCUUCCAGAAGUCGACAAGACUUCUUCCAGAAGUCGACAAGACUUCUUCCAGAAGUCGACAAGACUUCUUCCAGAAGUCGACAAGACUUCUUCCAGAAGUCGACAAGACUUCUUCCAGAAGUCGACAAGACUUCUUCCAGAAGUCGACAAGACUUCUUCCAGAAGUCGACAGGACUUCUUCCAGAAGUCGACAAGUCGACAGGACUUCUUCCAGAAGUCGACAGGACUUCUUCCAGAAGUCGACAGAACUUUUUCCAGAAGUCGACAGGACUUCUUCCCGAAGUCGACAGGACUUCUUCCAGAAGUCGACAGGACUUCUUCCAGGAGUCGACAGGACUUCUUCCAGUAGUCGACAGGACUUCUUCCAGGAGUCGACUGGACUUCUUCCAGAAGUCGACUGGACUUCUUCCAGAAGUCGACAGGACUUCUUCCAGAAGUCGACAAGACUUCUUCCAGAAGUCGACAAGACUUCUUCCAGAAGUCGACAAGACUUCUUCCAGAAGUCGACAAGACUUCUCCCAGAAGUCGACAAGACUUCUUCCCGAAGUUGACAAGACUUCUUCCCGAAGUCGACAAGACUUCUUCCAGAAGUCGACAAGACUUCUUCCAGAAGUCGACAAGACUUCUUCCAGAAGUCGACAAGACUUCUUCCAGAAGUCGACAAGACUUCUUCCAGAAGUCGACAAGACUUCUUCCAGAAGUCGACAAGACUUCUUCCAGAAGUCGACAAGACUUCUUCCAGAAGUCGACAAGACUUCUUCCAGAAGUCGACAAGACUUCUUCCAGAAGUCGACAAGACUUCUUCCAGAAGUCGACAAGACUUCUUCCAGAAGUCGACAAGACUUCUUCCAGAAGUCGACAAGACUUCUUCCAGAAGUCGACAAGACUUCUUCCAGAAGUCGACAAGACUUCUUCCAGAAGUCGACAAGACUUCUUCCAGAAGUCGACAAGACUUCUUCCAGAAGUCGACAAGACUUCUUCCAGAAGUCGACAAGACUUCUUCCAGAAGUCGACAAGACUUCUUCCAGAAGUCGACAAGACUUCUUCCAGAAGUCGACAAGACUUCUUCCAGAAGUCGACAAGACUUCUUCCAGAAGUCGACAAGACUUCUUCCAGAAGUCGACAAGACUUCUUCCAGAAGUCGACAAGACUUCUUCCAGAAGUCGACAAGACUUCUUCCAGAAGUCGACAAGACUUCUUCCAGAAGUCGACAAGUCGACAGGACUUCUUCCAGAAGUCGGCAGGCGUUCUCCCAAAAGUCGGCAAGACUUGUUCUAG